AUGGUAUCAAAAAGGGUGAAAUACGCUCUGGCCCAUCUCUCACGGAGGCAGCACAUGGCCAUGCUUGCUAGACCGGCGUGGAGACGUCUGAAUAAAACUGACAUUCAUUAUAUUGCAGACCCGUAUUCCGUGCAUCGUUCAGCCCUGAAAUGUCACCCCUCAAAGAGACUCAGAAUCAUGUCGCAGCCAAGAGUAGUCAACAAAAAAUUCGACCCCACGAAGCUCGGGUCCAGCUAUCCGAAAAUCCAUCCGAAAACUUUGAAUGCAAAGCCCAGUAAGCGAAUUGUCGAGAUGUCACUGCCUAAGAAAAGAAUGCUCCUGAUAACGAGGAAACAGUUCUUUGAAAACAAAACAGUGGUACGGAAUAUCGACUCGAUCCUCAAGGCGAUCACCAAGACGCGUUACUUCAAGUACAGAAUCCUCUGUCUUGCGGCGGAGCAGCGAAUGAUGGCAAAAGCGGCGAAGCUCCGUAAGCGGCUUCACAAGGCUCUUUCGAAGCCCGAGGAUUGGGCAAAGCACAAGCAAACAUUAGAGCGGAUUGCAGUGCCAAAAGUUGUUCCUGAACCCUGGACACCCGAUCGCGGUGAGAAAAAGAGCAUCGAAGAAAUGAAGGAUAGGCUGGAUAUCCUGGCCCAGCCGGUGGUCAAGGAUUCAGGGGCGAAGCUGAAUCCCUUCUCGGUCAAACCUGGCGCGUUGAAAUACCAGGCAAGCGAACGCAUCAAGGAAAUAGCGGUUCGCAAGAUAACCAAAGACGCGUAUCCCCCGAAAGAUCCAACCGCCGUUUCUCCGGCCGCCAUUAGGGCAGUUCCCACACCGAGGAUCCUGAUUCUCGCAAAACCAGCCGCCAGGCCUCCCGGACGCGAGACGGAUUUGAAGGAAGACGCUUUCAGCGUCGUGCCAAGGGCGCUCAAGGCCAAGUGUACGGCACGAACGAAAAUACUUGCCAAGCCCAAGUCGUACGGCAAUUCCACAUAAAGUGACCGGAGAUGAAACGCCGGCACGUUUCGAACGGAUCGACGCGACGUACGCAUCCCUCGACCGCAGGACCCUCCGUUUCUUCAUUCGCCUCGCAAUCAGUCCUGGUGUCUCCUCUUGUGUCAUACAUGCGAUAUAUCUCGUUCGUAUAAGUUUUGCAACUACCGUCAAACCGUAAACCUUUCAUUAAUCAUAAGAGAGACCGAGAAAUUGUGGAAAGAGAUGAAAAACCUGGAAUAUGAUGAGCACUGUACUCUUGUCAUGCCUCGCUGCCCACUCCGCGACAUCGUCUCGACGACUCGCCGCAGUACUUGAAUUAAAUAUUCCUGGGCUUAUUUAUUUAUUUAGCCUAUGAAGAGAGAAAGCUCUCGUUCUUCCCUUCGCGCUUGUUCGUCAUCGGUUGGCUCCAGGGUAGGAGAAAAUUGUUCGCUUACGUUACAUAAAUAACAUCGCCUUUACAGGAUUACGGUGAAAAUUUAAUAAUAUUGAGAGCUUACUUCCCGCAAGCUGACGGCGAGCUUACGGCAAUAGGUAUAUAAGGUGCCUUGCUUACCUGUAACUGGAAAAUGGAAAAUUCACCGUGACAGACGACAUGUACAUACAUACCUUCCGCCUAGAUUCGCUCCAUCCUUUGUCUACAAAUUUUCCUCCUAUGGUCACAUUUUCCGCCUCACCUACGUGGACGAGACAGUAGAAAAGUAACAUUUGGCUCACGGUGACCGAGCUUUGCAAACUGAUACUGCACGGUUGAUUUCGUAGGUGAACGAUGCAUCUUUUUUCCCGCGAAGCAUUGUUAUUAGAUAUAGUGAUUCGCUUCACGAUUUUUCAUAAGAUUGUACGGUUUCAAAAAAGAAUUGAAUUUUUCCAGAUUUUUCCCCAUAGGUAAUGUGAGACAUUGCGAAGCAGUCUCGUUAUAUUCUUUUGUCAUCGUAGAAAUUGACGAUUGAAAGAUACCUGAUUAGAAAUUCAAUCUUUCUUCCUGUUCAUCUCAUAGACGUAUAUUUCUCUGUAUGAAGAAGAAACGGGAGAGAGAGAAAGAAACGUGGGACAAGGAAGAAACAAAAAUUAUCAAAUGAUUCAAUUAUUUCCACCAGGAAAGGGAAUGAGGCAAAGGUACGUAUGUAUAACUUCUUCUGGUACAUCCUUGCAUCCUGACUGCCUGUAUCCUGUAAAACAGCUCUAUUUUACGUGAUAUAAUAUA